CGCUUUCACCCAAAUUUGCAAUUUCGGAGCCCUAAAUUCAGUCUUUACCCCUCUCGCCCAAAUCGAAAUUUUCUCUGUUUCUUUGUUCUUCCAAUUCACGUGCUGAAACCCUAAUUCGAAAUUCUCUGUUUCAUUUACGGUUAUUUUGCCACUUUUACCUAAAAUUGAAGAGUGGGGAGUCUUGAAAAGAGAUUUUAAACGAUGGAAAUCGUGGUGCCGACGACGACGUCGUACGAAAACUUGUUGGAUGCGCAGAAGGAUCUCUUCCAGAAUCAGAUCGAAAAGCUCCAUCAAAUAGUCGCCACCCAAUGCGAACUAACCGGCAUCAAUCCCCUUUCCCAAGAAAUGGCUGCUGGGGCUUUAUCCAUUAAAAUUGGAAAGAGACCUAGAGAUUUGUUGAAUCCCAAGGCUGUAAAGUACAUGCAAUUCGUAUUCUCCAUAAAAGAUUCCACAAGCAAGCGGGAAACACUGGAGAUCAGUGCUCAGUUUGGAGUUACAAAAACUCAGGUCCGCGAUUUUUUCACUGGCCAGCGAUCAAGAGUGAGGAAGAUGGUCCGAUUGUCUGGAGAGAAGGGAAAUAAAUCUACUGCCUGUGAUGCAAUACACGAUGAUACUACCUCCCUUUCAGACUCCAAUAGGCCUCCGGAACCUGUCCCUUUGUACACAAUGGCUCCAGUUCCAAUCAAUAUUGAAGAAGGGCCUUCGUGCUCAAAGAGCGAUGAUGUUUUAUCUGCCAUGGGGGACCCAGAUCUGCAUUUUGUAAAUAAUAUACUUAGUUCAAUGAAGAAAGAAGAGUCAUUCUCUGAACAGGUGAAAUUGUUGCGGUCGAUUCUGCGUAUGAAUAACCCCACAUUGAUUAAUUGGUUCUUAUCUGAAGGUGGCUUGAUGAUAUUAGCAACAUGGUUAUGUCAAGCAGCUAAGGAAGAACAAACGAGUUUUCUUCGCGUUAUUCUGAAGGUGCUAUAUUACCUGCCGAUGCACAAGGCUCUCCCGGUGCAUAUGUCUGCCAUAUUGCAAAGUGUCAACAAGCUGCGGUUUUACAGGACAUCAGACAUCUCACACAGGGCAAGAACUCUAUUAUCUAAAUGGAGUAAUAUGUUCGGAAAGAACUUACCUUUGAAGAAAAGCAAUGGGUUGAAAUCAGCCAGUGAACUACAGGACGAGAUGCUGUUAAAGCAGAGCAUUAACGAAGUUAUCGGCAAUGAAUCAUGGGAUUUGAAAGAUAGCUCUGAAGAAGCUUUCAGAUUGUUAUGCGACAACCCUGAUAACCACGGGAAGUUGGACAGUGCUCAGCCUCUAAAAAUGCUUACGGCAUCAGGGGAGGAUUCCAAUAAACGGCGAGGUGUUUUGUCAUCUAAUAAUAGAGAGCGUAGGAAAGUUCAGCUGGUGGAGCAUCCUGGUCAAAGAUUGGCUGUAAGGAGUCCCCAGGUUGCAAGAUCAACAUCUGCAACUCAAAGCCGCCCUCUUUCUGCCGAUGAUAUACAGAAAUCGAAGAUGCGUGCUCAAUUUAUGCAGAGUAAACAUGGAAAGGCAAUUACAGGGCCCGAUGAGAAACUAAAAUCUGAAAGCAAGAACACUCUCACCUCCUCGCAUGCCAGUUUGCCACCUGUCUCUACACCUUGUGUUCAGACCGAGCUUGAGGAAAAUAGGAAAUGUGAUGAGGAAGUAAGGCCUGAAAGCAAGAAUACUGUUACCUCCUCGCAUGCCAGUUUGCCAUCUGUUUCUACACAUUCUGUUCAGACCGAGCUCGAGGAAAAGAGGAAACACGACGAAGCUUUCUCUGAACCUGCUAAACCUCAAGAAGAGCCUCCGAGAAAAAAGCACCAGAGAAUCCCGAUUCCAUGGCGGACACCUCCAGAAGUGAAAAUAAUGGAGUCAUGGUCUGUGGCUGAAGGGGCCAAUAGCAAAGAAGUCGAAGUUCAGAAAAACAGAAUUAGGCGCGAGAGAGAAAUAUUUUACAGGUCAUUUCAAGAAAUCCCAUCAAACCCAAGAGAACCGUGGGACCGCGAAAUGGACCCGGACGAUACAUUAACCCCUGAAAUCCCAAUCGAGCAGUUGCCAGAUGUCGAACCGUCAGAAACCCUAUCUGCUUCUGCCAAUAACGAAACCUUAUUAUCUGCAUCGUCUGAGAAUAAUAUCCAUGAACCGGAUCUUCAACUGCUGGCUGAGUUGUUGAAAAAUCCGGAAUUGGUCUUUGCGUUGACUUCUGGGGGAGGUGGCAAUGUAACGAGCGAAGCUACUUUGAAACUGCUGGGUAUCAUCAGAAAGAAUGGUGUGGGUUCGUUGGCUAAUUUAGUGGGGAAAGCUGAUGUUGAUGAGGUUGUGGUUUCUCUACCGUCUCCAACUCCUUCGACCAAUCAUGUUCCGAAUGGAGCGAAGCAAGACUUUUCAAGAAACCCAUUUUCUCGUCAGCCUGCAUCGGGAAUCGGCAGCACAUACCAUGCCACCGGAGGUGCUCUUCCGAUCCGGCAGCCUCAAAUUCCGGCACAAAUGGUGGUGCCGCCGCCGGUAGCAUCUCUACAAACUAAUACUACUCAAUUAAUGAGUGAACAUUGGCAGGCACACACAAAUUCACAAAUGCACCACCAAAGUAUUAUUCCACCUAAUUCUUUCAAUACACAACAACAUUUGCUAAAUGCCAACUCUAAUCGGGCCCCACCGAAUUCGUACGGUUCAUCAUCUUCCCAUACAAAUUGGGGCGAACCCUCCUCAGGCAAUAUUAAGCCAUCACCCGUUUCUAUAUUAAUGCCACCUUCUCGAUCCCUCACACCGCCACAUCAUCAAAAGCCAGCACAAAUGCAGGAUCCAUUUGGAGCAAACUAUCGCUAUCAAAAUAAUCAAAGUGUGGGCAACUACGAUGCUUACGCUGGAGGUUCAGUUCAGGGUGGUAGAAGUAGUAGACAUGCAGGUGGGCCCGGAUUCGAGUCGUGGAGCCCGGAUAACAGCCCGUCUAGACGUCACGAGUACUUACCUGGCCAUUAUUAUCAAGAUCCAAAUGUGAAUGCAAGAGCAAUGCAGCAAAAUAUGGGGCAGCCUUCUGAUUAUUAUCAAGACCAGAGAUUUGGCGGGCCCGCAAAUAGACGAUGGCCCGAAAAUCGAAGAUAGUGGUGAUCCUUUUCUAACAUGGAAUCUUAUACGUAGAUGGAUAAGGUUAAAAUGGGGGAUGUCGUAGAGAAGCAAUUUUUGCUGUUGAAAUGCUUUCGGAAAAAAACGAAAAACAAAAAUACUUGUACUCUUUGUAUGGAGAAAAGAUAUAGAGGACAUUCUUGAUUAUUGAAGCUUUGAGUUUUUUCUUUUUCUUUUUUUUUUAUCCAUUG